UCCCCAUUAGUUCCCUGUAAACUUUGAAAAUUAAAAAUUGUAAACAAACCACCAAGGAAAACAAUGGACGAUCAAAGCGAAAAUUCCAUGGAUAAACAAAUCGACGACAAUGAUAGUAAACCGGAGAAAAUGUUCACCUUGAAAAAGUGGAAUGCCGUUGCUAUGUGGAGUUGGGAUGUUGAAUGUGAUAUAUGUGCUAUAUGCCGUGUUCAAGUUAUGGACGCUUGCUUACGCUGUCAAGCUGAAAAUAAACGCGAUGUUUUGGGCCGUCAAGAUUGUGUUGUUGUCUGGGGUGAGUGCAAUCACUCAUUCCAUCAUUGUUGCAUGUCCUUGUGGGUGAAGCAGAACAAUCGUUGCCCGCUCUGUCAACAAGAAUGGUCUAUACAACGUAUGGGCAAAUAAUAUUGCCCAUACCCAACAUACAAUAAAGUUCUGCAAGUCCGGAAAUCUGAAGAUCUUGCCUGCUCCAAGCUAUUUAUUAAGUUAAUGUUUCCAAAAACUCAUUAUGUUUAACAUCCGGUCAUUUUUAAUUUAAAUAUUCAUGCAUUUGUGAGACCAACAUAAAAUAUAAUAAAAAAAACGA